AUGUCGCCGCCCACACAGGCCCAGUCCAGCCACGUCUCGCGGGGACCCUUGGACCCCAACGAGGCCAGAUGGGCUCGAUUGAUCAAGACCACGUACCGCGACCCCCUUGGUGUCGAACGGACCUGGGAAUCGGCUGAACGUCAGACUCGUCCGGCCAACUGCGCCAUCGAUGGCGUGGGCAUCGUCACCAUCCUCAACAAACCCACAGGCCCCGAGCUACUCCUGCAAAAACAAUACCGGCCUCCCAUCGACAAGGUCGUCAUCGAGGUUCCUGCCGGCCUCAUCGAUGCAGGCGAAACCCCCGAGGAGUGCGCCGUACGUGAACUCAAAGAAGAGACAGGCUACGUGGGCGAGGCGGAGCAGACCAGUACGGUAAUGUAUAACGACCCGGGUUUCUGUAACACCAACCUCAACAUGGUCCAUGUGCGCGUGGACGUGUCUCUGCCGGAAAACCAGAACCCGAAGCCGCAGCUCGAGGAUAACGAGUUUAUUGAGUGUUUUUCAGUCCCGAUGGCUUCUUUGUUUGAGGAGACGAAGAAGCUUGAGGAUCAAGGGUAUGCGAUUGACGCCAGGGUGGGGACGUUGGCGGAGGGUAUUGAGCUGGCGAAGAAGCUGAAGUUGUAG